AUGACUACUCCAUCGAAAUCAAAUGGUACGCCAUCAAAACAACGUCGUACACCGGCUAAACAAACACCAGGAUCAUCACAACGAACGCCUGCUAAAAAACGAAAUCCUUUAACAGCAUUACAAGAAGAUGAACCUAUUGCAAGUCCAGCACCAAGUUCUGUUCUUCAAAUGCCAUUUACACCUGGACGCACUCCAAAUAAAAAUCGAGGUUUGUUAUAA